AGUCUGCGUAUUUGCAAGUGUGUUCGAACGCCAUUUUAGAGCUCACCGUCUGGUUUCGUGUUCUAGUUUGACUAGAAGUGGCGUGAAUAGUAGUCUACACUUUGCUGUCAGAGUAAUUUUCAAUCAUGUCUGAAAAUUCUGCGACAGUGGAGUCAGCGGUCGGCGAGAUUCAGGAGGGCACCGGCAUUCGCAAGCUCUCCGAGCUCAGAGUUAUUGACUUGAAGGCAGAGCUGAAAAGGCGAAACCUGGACGUUAGCGGCAACAAGAGCGUGCUAUCUGAACGACUGAAAAAGGCUAUUGAAGAGGAGGGUGGAAAUCCGGAUGAGUUUGUCGUCCCACUUGAAGGGACGCAAAAGAAAACGCCAAAAAGGACGCCAAAAGGUAAAACACAGGAGAACGAUGAACCGGAAGAAUGUGGUUUAGAAGAGGAUUCAGGAGAUGGGCAGGACUUUUAUUCUUUUCAGGAUGACACUGAUGGGAAUAUGGACAGUCUACAGGAAAUGGACCUUAGGGACAUGAAUGUACUGGAUGAGGCAGACAUAGACAAUGGCAUUACAGCAGGCGACCAGGAUUGUGACAUGAAUGAAGAAAAUGGCAAUGAAGAGGAAGACCAUGAAGACGAUGAAAUCCUUGCACCAACAAACGAAAAUGACGAGGAGAUGGAGCUCAAGGAGGAGGAUAUUGCUGAAGAUGAUGAUGUUAAGUCUUUCAAACAGGAGCAAGACGAGGAGCAGGAAGGCAUUCAAGAAGAGAUAGAAAAUGAGAAAGUAGCCGGGUCUUGUAAGUCAGAGCCCCUUAAAGAAGAGCGCCCAUCUGAAGAGGAGCAAGCUUCCGUCGAGAACAGUCAGAACAACGUUCCUGAGGAAGACAAUGCGUGCGACCUCGGUACCUCGGCCGAUGAGGCCGUCGAUACGGAGCGAGAAAUGUCCACGGCGUCUCGCGAUCUCGAACAGGACGUGGCCGAGUCUAACAAGGCCGAAUCACAAGGCGAGAACGAUCAUGUCAUCCACGAAGAAGACAUGGACGCUCAAACAGAAACUGAAAGCACUCAGGCUAGUGCUGUUGAGAAAGGCUCAAAUGACAUUGAGGGCACUGUUGAUUCAGAAACGGGCUGUAAAGCCGAGAGCAAGAAUGAGAACGCGAAGACAGAAGAGUCUGCUGCAGAGGCUACGGCACUGAAAGAGUCCUCUUCUGUUGAGGGUGAUGAUCAGAAAAAGAGUUCUGAUGAUGAAAAAACUAGCAAGCCUGAGUCUAAGGAUGAAAAAGCCCCAGCAGGUAGUGGAAGAAAUCUGUGGGUUAGCGGCCUAUCGUCUACCACAAGAGCAACAGAUCUGAAGAACUUGUUCAGCAAAUACGGCAAGGUCGUUGGUGCUAAAGUGGUAACCAAUGCCAAAAGCCCAGGCGCCCGCUGCUAUGGCUUCGUCACCAUGAGCUCCACAGACGAGGCCACCAAGUGCAUCAGCCACCUACACAGGACCGAGUUGCACGGGAGAAUGAUCUCGGUGGAGAGGGCCAAGAAUGAGCCUGCCGGUAAGAAACCAGCAGAGAAAAGCGAGGCCAAGAAAUCUGGGAGCGACCGUCGUCAUUCCACAGAUUCCAAGUCUGAAAAGACUGACAAUAAGGAUGAGAAGACCGAGGAGUCGGAGGAAGGCAAAGACGGAAAAGGACGGGAUGAGAGGACAGUGGUUAUGGACAAAUCCAAAGGAGAGCCCGUCAUCAGCGUGAAAACCAAGAGCAAAGAGAGGAGCACUAAGAGCCGCGACCGCAAGUCCUCCAGCAAGGACCGGAAAGACAUCCUGUCCUUUGACCAGAUCAAAGAGCAGCGCGAGCGGGAACGGCAGAGGCAGCGCGAGAGGGAGAUUCGGGAGGUGGAGAGACGCAGGCAUUCUGGUGAUCGUGAACGUCCCACCGACAGCCGAGCGGAGCGUGAGCGCAUCCGGCUGUUCCGGGAGCGGGAGGAGCGUGAGCGACUGUUGCGGAAGCGCAACUGGCUGGAGGUGGAGAAGCAGCGGCUGGACGCUGACCGCAUGGAGCGGGAGUUCCUGGAACGGGAGCGGCUUCGCGUGGAGUACGAGCGGCGGCGCGAACAGGAGCGCAUCCACCGCGAGCGCGAGGAGCUCCGCAGGCAGCAGGAGCAGCUGCGCUUCGAGCAGGACCGCCGACCCCUCAAACGCCACUACGACAUGGACGGCAGGGUUCCUUCCAGGAAAGACGAAUGGCCUGAAAAACGAAUGGCCAUGGACGAUCGAUACGGACGCUCAGAUUUCAACAGACAGGAUCGUUAUCAGGACUUCGACCACAGGGAACGUGGCGGGCGCUACCAGGAUGACGUGGUCAUGGACAGGAGGGACAGUACCCGAAACAUAGUAGGCGACAGAGAAGGACAGCACUUCUCAGAUCGUGACCGACAUACCAGAGACUCCCGUGAGUCGUGGGGUGGUGGAUAUGAGAAGCGUGGUGGUGGUAUAAACCCAAGAGAUGGCCGAGAUUGGGAGGCUGGACGCAAAAUGGACGGCGACAGAGCCUGGCAAGGUGAGCCAAAAACAGGUGGAGACCGGGGCGUACCUGGUCAGACUCAUAUAGGCAGAGGAGGAAUGGCCAGUCGUGGUGGAUAUAUGCAAACAGGAACGUCGCAGUCGAUCUCUGGAGCCUUAAAUCGGCCAAAUCAGAUGAUGCAAGGCAGUGGGAUGCAAGGAGGAGCUUUUGGUCGUCGAUAUUAAUUGUUCACUUCCGUAAUUUCUUUGAGUAUCGUGUUGCUUGGCAGCUUGUACAUUGCGUACGCAGGCUUUGUAAAUUUCAGAUGACCCUUUUUUUAAAAAUAAAUUUUGUCUUUCUCUUAAGAGAGCCUCACAAACACGAAUGUCUACUUGAGUUUUUAAUAUUGCUGUUUUCCUUUAAUUGUAUUUAUUUUUGUUUUUUGGUGAACUUUCAUUCCAAUAGUCUUAUUUUUCUUUUGUGUUCUGGGGUGACAAGUGUGAUGUGAAAGUCAGGUGAGGCACUCAGGAAUGGGCGAGAACCCUGUUGUCCGCAUUAUGGAUUGUGUGUGUCACUUGUGUUAUGGAUGCAUUUUAAUAAAUUCAGAAACCAACAAA